AUGACGGCCUCGCUCGUAACCGGUGGCACAGGCUUCAUCGGUCUGCAUGUGGUCAAGCUCCUCCUCGAGAAGGGCGAGACGGUGCAUACCACCGUCCGCAGCCUCAAGAACACCGCCAAAUGCAAGCCGCUCCUCGACUUCCAGGCAAAAUACUCAGGAAAACUGUUCCUCUUCGAGGCCGAUCUCCUCCGCAAUGGAUCCUUCGACUCAGCGGUGGAGGGCUGCAGCGUGGUCUACCACAUCGCCUCGCCGUUCCUGGCGCCGCCGCAGAUCAAGGACGGCGUGAAGGAAUGCGUCGAGCCCGCGCUUCAAGGCACGCGCAACGUCCUUGAGUCCGUGAACAAAUGCCAGAGCGUACACCGCGUCGUCCUCACCUCAUCGAUCGCCGCAAUGUACAGCGACAGCGUCGAAGUCACGCAGAUGAAAGACAGCACGCUAAGCGAAGCGUACUGGAACGACACCGCCAGCGAAACCAACAAUCCCUACCACUACUCCAAGGUCGUCGCCGAGCGCGAGGCGUGGAAAAUCCGCGACGAUCAAAGCCGGUGGGACCUGGUCGUGAUCAACCCCGGCUUAACGCUGGGGCCACCGCUGACGGCCGAGUCCACCUCCGGCAGCCUUUUCACGAUCGAGAACAUCUUCUCGGGUGCCAAUAAGAUGGGCGUCCCCGAACUGUAUUAUCCGAUCGUGGAUGUGCGCGACGUGGCCGAGGCGCACGUCAGGGCCGGCACGAGCGCAACGGCCACCGGUCGCUACCUUAUCGCCGGCGAUCGGACGGUCGGAUUGCUCGAGCUGGCGGAGAUCGUGCGGCCGGUCCAUCGCGAUCCGAAGGUGUUGCCGGCGCGCAACCUGCCCAAGGUGAUGGUCUACUUAGCGGGACCUUUUAUUGGGGUCUCGAGGAGCUGGAUCGCGCGGAAUAUCGGGGUCGAUUUCAAGUUAGACAAUAAGCGGAGUGUGAAGGAGCUGGGUAUGUCGUAUUUACCUGUGGAAAAGGUGGUUGAGGAUCAUUAUGAGGCGUGGGUGAAGAUGAAGGGGGGCAAUUAG